AUGCGCAGCAUUCCCACACAACGCGCAGCAUUCCCACAUGCGCACCUUGCGCGCUUUCUCACGCUUAAGCGCCCUGCAUCACCUAUCAUCCAGGAACAUCCGUCUAUGUCCAUGCGCCUCAUUGAUGUCUUUGAAGCUGCAAUCAUUGAUGACGGGAGAAGCCUGAAGAUGAUGUUUGAGGAAGUGUAUGGUCCCAAUGUGCGCUUCUGUGCAUCAACUUUCAGUGAUCACCUCAAGCGCUGGAAAGCUGCUCCCCCCUCAUCUCGUGUGGAGAUCAUUGAAGCGGGAAAGACUGAUGAUGGUCUGUACUCGAAGUUUAUGAAGGAGAACCAUGCACCAGGGGGGGAGGUCAAGGCUGCCAGGAAGUGCCUUGCAUGCCUGCAUGGCUAG